GGGAUAUGCAGGGUUACCUGAGAUAUACCGCGGUAGCUCUAUCCCGCGGGGGGAGCGCGGGAAAUACGGGAUCCGCGUUGGCCGUACUGUAGCAUUGAAGGAAUUGCCUUUCUACAAAAUGCAUAAGAUCAUUGAGAUUUUUUGAAAAUCUUAUUUCAAUUAAAGCACAAAACCCAUGUGAAAAGCAUAUGUAGAAUCGAACAAGUGAUGAUGCAUCCAUCAGAUAGAAAUUACAUGUCCUCACUGGUGUAGCUAUUGAAAUGUCUCGCACAUUAUACCAGGCGACUUCCUUCGUCAGAAAAAUGCAAGUUACACGUACUCUGAGUAUAGUUGGUAUAUCCUGAAAGAGGUACAUUUAUCAAAGAUUUUAAAUUUCAUGGCUAACUACCAAGAUACAAGGAAUAAAUGGGAAAUAUUAAAUAUCAAGUACCCGUUUCUUUGUUUGGAAGACAUUCCAAACUUUAUGAUCUUAUGAUCAUUUUACUAAGUCGGUGGCCUUUAUUCCAUCUGUUACCAUUUGAUACAGUAUAUGCAUCAUAAAAUUGUAGAACAAUUGAUGACCUGUAUCUUUACGUUCCUCACGAGUCCAAAUUCCGAGAGAUGUCGAAAUUAUCUGACGAGCUGGCUCUGGUGUUAAUAUUGUUUUUACCACAUCACGUCUUAUUCUUGCUCUUUACGAAAUAACGCUCUUUUGUACUAGACCUGCUUAUCCUAUUGACGAUAUGAUUGUGCACCGAUAGACAUACCUUUACAAUUAGAAGUAUGUACUCUGAAACGAUAAUAAAAUACGCACCAGGGACAAAACUAUGAAUACUGAAUGAUAAUAUGACGAAAACAUUCUUACAGACAUUGUAAAUGUUAUACCUUAUUCCGAUAUGCUAUGGAAGUAGAACUAUUGUUUAUCUUUUCGUUUAUUGAGGUCACAUUUUAUACAUAAAUUUGGAGUCGGCCGGGUAUUCCCAUGACUCAUAAUAAAGAUCCCCAUAUCUCUACUUAUGCAUGUAUUCAUAUUUAUAAAUGCGGGUAUUAUCUAUUUAUUCAUACUUCAUAUCACAAGCAACCUGAGAGCAACGUACGCUUGUAAAUCUGUAGUAGGAAACAUCCCAAUAUCACUCUUACUGUAAGUAUCCACUCACAAUACAUAGGCAUCACAACAUAACCUUUAUACAUCAGAGGACGUGGAAUCAGGAAUGGUAACCAUUGUAAUAAUGAAUUUCUACUUUACAGCAUGCGUUUGAAGGCUGUGGAACAUUGAUUGAUAUGGCUUUGCAAUAUUUCAAAGUGGUAAUCGCUGCCAGUGCAUGCCUUUUCGAUGUUAAGGUAUCGGUCAUAGGAGAAGAAUGCACAGAAUCCCAAUCAACUGCGAAGGCUUUCCAAGUUUGCCCCAAAACAGCUGCAGAGUGGGCGACUGCGGCAUCAAAGAAAGGUUGUCAUCACAUCAAAAACAGCUGCGAGUCAUUCGAGUACCACUGUGUGAUUAAUACCUGGCAGAAUGAGACAAUAGAAGUGUGUUCUAACGUUAUAAAUAUUGUAGGAAAGGUCUGUGCAGAAUACAGUUUUGGUGGACGUAGAAUCCAACGCAAUAGGGAUACAAAGUGCCCUACAUGUCCAUUUGUUUACAAAUCAAAUGAGACUUACAAAUGUACGUUCAAAAUAACGCUUACAUGUUGACCUUAAAAUCUUUGCUAUCUUAAAAUAUCCUUCAAAUGCAUUUUCUUUUGUGUUUUACA